GGCGGAGGGAACGUGGCCCAUGUGAGGCCGUAGAGACAGAGACGACUUGUCUGGCUGGGGCUCGGCCUUGGUGGGGCCUGUGCGAGGAGGGGGCGCCCCGUGCCGGCCGGGCCCCACGGUUAGUCUGCCCGUGUGGCCUGGCAUCGGGCCCCUGAAACCGUGAACCGAAAGAGAUGUGGGCCUCUGAGGAGGGGAGGGGAUUCCUAGCACGCCUGUUAGACCGUGGGAAGAAAUUUAACUUUGGGAAGAUUCUCUUCAGCAAUACAACAAUUUUCCUGAGAUUUGAAGGAGAUGAAAAAGCUUGUGAUCCCUCCCAGAAUUUCACCAUUACUUGGUACUUAAGAUACUCAGACUGCUACAAUGAAGUCUUCAACUUUGGGGAUGAACAAGCAGAGUACUAUUUUGGGGCUACUUCUGAAGAGCAUCCAGGCUGGUCAGGAUAUUAUGCCACAGCUUCUCUUCUCUUUUCAAAUUGCUCUGAGCUCUUCAGGCCUCAGACUUUCUAUAAAGAAUUUGUACAUCCAGAGCCUCUCUCACCUGAAAAGCAAGAGGGCUUGAAAGAUAAGAAGGAGAGUGGAGGAAAUCACACAAUGGUGACAGAUAAAACUGCAAUGAAUGCUGUUAUGAAAACUUGGCGAGAUGGGCCAUAUAUAUUUAUCGUGCAAAUUAGUUCAACUGCAAAGGAUUCUACUACCAGAGUUAAAAGAACGGAGAGAACACCACCUUCCUCCUAUCAAAAUAAGCCCUUUACAAUGACAGUAGAACUGAAGGGGCCAUAUGAGUAUCUCUCACUUGCAGACUAUCCUCUGAUGAUUUUUUUCAUGGUGAUGUGCAUCGUGUACGUAUUCUUCGGGGUUCUGUGGCUUGCAUGGUCAGCGUGUUACUGGCGAGAUCUCCUGAGGAUCCAGUUCUGGAUUGGUGCUGUUAUCUUCCUGGGAAUGAUCGAGAAAGCAGUUUUCUAUGCAGAGUUCCAGAACAUCCGCUACACCGGGGAGUCAGUUCAAGGAGCAGUAAUACUGGCAGAACUGCUUUCCGCUGUGAAACGAUCAUUGGCUCGAACUUUGGUCAUCAUAGUCAGUCUGGGAUAUGGGAUAGUCAAGCCUCGCCUUGGAGUUACUCUUCACAAAGUAGUUAUGGCUGGAGCCCUUUACCUAUUAUUUUCUGGCAUGGAAGGCGUUCUUAGAGUCACAGGGUUUUUCUAUGACAGUGUGGCUCUGAUAGCAAACUUGGCCCUGUCCAUGAUUGAUGCCUGUAUUAUUUUGUGGAUAUUCAUCAGCUUAACUCAAACAAUGAAGCUGCUGAAACUUCGAAGGAAUGUUGUGAAACUCUCUUUGUAUCGACACUUCACCAACACGCUCAUCUUGGCAGUAGCAGCGUCCAUUGUAUUUAUCAUCUGGACCACCAUGAAGUUCAGGCUGGUGGACUGUCAGUCGGACUGGCAGGAGCUAUGGGUGGAUGAUGCCAUCUGGCGUUUAUUGUUCUCAAUGAUCCUUUUUGUCAUCAUGAUUCUGUGGAGACCAUCUGCUAACAACCAAAGGUUUGCUUUCUCACCACUCUCUGAGGAGGAGGAUGAUGAUGAGCAGAAAGAGCCAAUGUUAAAGGAAAGCUUUGAGGGAAUGAAAAUGAGGAGUACAAAGCAAGAACCGAAUGGGAAUGUAAAAGCAAACAAAGUUCAGGAGGAUGACCUGAAGUGGGUAGAGGAAAAUGUCCCUUCAUCAGUGACAGAUGUUGCUCUUCCAGCUCUACUGGAUUCAGAUGAGGAAAGAAUGAUUACGCACUUUGAAAGGUCCAAAAUGGAAUGAAGGAGUAGCUUUUUGCUAUUGGAAGUGGAGACGCCUCUCAAAGUUGCUUGGUGGAUCAAGCACAUCCUGCUGAUUUGUUUCUUGAUCUCAGCCUGGGAAGAUUGAUGCUUUAUUGUCAUGAGGGCAUCUUGCUGUGGAAGAAGUUCACAAGGACAUGAUAAACCUUUUGGAAAUUUGAAUAUACGAAGUUGCUGCAAGUUUGGGUUUUUAAGCAAUUUAAGUGUGUACUAUUCCAGCACCUUCUGUAACUUUUCAAAUAUUUAAUCUGUGAAACUAAAAUUCCUAAUGUCUGCUUGAGGAGUGUAUAUUUCCAUGUUCCAAUUGACACCUAGAGGUGAGCUGCCUGUACCUUUUUGGGAGGAGGGUGGGGACAGCGAAAUAAGCACUGAAGAAACUACAGACCCGUUUCCUGGUAGAUAAUGGCUUUUUGCUGUUCUGUGUUGUGUGUCCAACAUGAAUGAGACGUUUUUUUGAGAGAAGCUCCUGUUAAUGAAGAAAAUGAAGAUGCCAGAAAGGAAAUAUUUGGAAAAGUUACAGUGGUAGGAGUUUUUAACAAAAUCAAGUGCAAUUUUAUUCAUAACACUGUGUAAGAAAGAUUUUUCUAUUUUAAAUGCCAUUGACCUGUAGGUAACAGUUGCAUAGAGCUAACACUUGUUGUGGCACAUCUCAUUGCCGGCAAUGUGGUGGAUGCCUGGGAAAAAGAUUUGCCUCUACCUUCCAUGUGCUGCAUGAUUUAUUUAAAAAAAAAAAGACAGAGCCAAGUAUCACCAGCCCCACUCCUGCAGUGCUCCACAAGUGCUUGAUUACUCAUGUUCAGUAGGUAUUAAUUAGAGAUUUCAGCAGAACUCUUCUCCCUGCACCUGUAACAUCUCCCACACUUCUAGGAGAAGAUUGCAUUGCUUUCCAGAUGGUGCAGGCACUGCUUACCUUACUUAAAAGUGAGGUUAAUUAGAGGCCACAUUGCUGGAAUAGUUCUGUUCCCAGCAUGUUUGGAAAUGCCUCCUGUGUCAGUGAUUGGAUGAUGGGUUUUCCUGUCCCUAUUGGUCCCAGUGGCUAAGAGCUAUUCUGACAUCACUGUGUUUAGUCAAAGUUGCAGAUUUCUAUUCUAUAUAAUUGCUUUUUGUUUCUCCUUUUCAAAUGAAAAAGAGCUUUUGGACAGUGUUGUGCUUUUGUUCUGUGCUUGGCUGUAGGGGCUUCACUUGCAAUAACUUACACAUGGAAUCCCACUGUGAACUGUAUGACAGAAGCUCUGAUUUGGGUUCAUAACCAUCACAACUAAUAAUUACCAGGCAAGUAGCAGCACAGCUGGACUGCUAGGCAGCUGCUGUGGCUGCUGCUGGAAUUGCAUAGGGAGUUAGCUUUUCUGUUUCUUCACUCAUAGCUGUGUCAGCAGAAGUGGCAGUGUGCCUGUACUUCAUUCGUUCCACUGUAAGGUCUGGUAGCUUAGCUCGACUUCAUCUUUAUCAGUGUCUUGUGCUGAAAUGUGGCACUUUACAGUAGAGUAGCUGAGGCACAAGUACAUAGUAUCUUCUGUUAGCUGUGCCAUGGGGGCAGCAAACUCUCAGCAGACAGGCAGAGGAAAAAAAGCCUGUGACUAUGACACCUCAGUCUGCUUCUGAAAGAGCAGACUGGAGCUCUUCUGUCAUUCCUUUUAGGCUGCAGGUAGACCCUCUAAUAUUGGAAAACAUUUCUAAUAUGAUAUGCUUAGUUGAGAUACAUGGGGGAAAAAAACCCAAAACCAAAAACAUCUGUGUCCUUUUGAGGAGAGGAAAAUUUUGUGAAAUAAGGCUACACAAAAUUCGCUAUUUAAUGCCUUUUUUUUUUUUUAAGUCUUCUUUUUGAGAAAAUAGGGGGAAAUGUUCUUUACUGGAAGCACAAAAGAAGUUUGUAUUUACUAUUUAAUAAAAGCUAGGCCAAGAGUAGAAA